AAAAUAUAUUAGAAUUAUACCUUUUUCAUAAAAUGUGCUUUCAUGUCACGCUGAACGUUCAAACGUCAGGAAAAAAUUGUAACAGAAAUUUCGCGCAUGAUGUGAUUCAAGAUUCUUUUGUAUUACAAUUGAAGCGCUGUUUUUUUCUUUCAUCUUUUCUCUUUCUCUCUUUAAAGAAAAAGGCAAAGAAGACAAUAUCAACCAUGCAAAAGCUAAAAUGAACAGGCCUCGUGUAAUUCAACAUGGCGUACUUCAGUGUUCGCUCUUUGUUGCACCUUAGCUGGGAUAUUUUUUACAGAAAUGAUAUAUUCACCAGCAAUUUUCUAUUCGCGCUAAUCCAAACGGGGAAAUGUGUGUGAUCACUUUCAAGCUUUCUAUUAAGUCAAAAAUUGAUAGAUAGCGACAUGAGUCGCGACAUUUACAUAGUAAAUUAUUUAACGAAGCGGUUUCUCUGUUGUACUGCGUUAAUUAAAAUGGAUUUUAUGGUAUCGGACGAGUGCGAAAUUUGUGAUCUCAAUUUAGAUAUCCAAAAGCAAAUUUUGGAUAAUACAAUAAAUAGCGACUUGGUGAAGCAAUAUCCAAUAAAAACCUCAUACCAGAAAGCAUUUUUGAAAUUACUUAUGCAGAAGAUUAGUGAAAGUGGUAAUGAAGUUCACGAUAAUCUAUAUGAAGCAUAUUGUAGAUUGAUAUCUUUGCCAGAUGAAGAAUCUGUGCAUUAUCGCCAUUUCUUAGUAGAAAAUGGAACGUUAAAUUGUAUUACUUUGAAGGAGAGCACCAACUUGAUUUCUAAAGGCACUACAGGCUUAUGUAGCUGGCAGGGUGCUGUAGUAAUGAGUCAAUGGGGUGCAGAAAACAAAGGACAGUUUUGUGGAAAAAAUGUAUUAGAACUUGGUUGUGGAGUUGGAUUGACUGGAAUGAGCGUAAUUAGCGUGUGCUCUCCAAAGCAAUACAUUUUCUCGGAUUGUCAUCCAACAGUAUUGGACAUGCUCUGCGAGAAUGUAAAACUCAAUUUCCUUUCAAACGAGCAACGUAAACUAUCAAAUGUAUCUGAAGCAAUAUCGAAGCUACAACUGGAAUUAAAUUAUCAACAAACCAACGUUCAGGUGAUAGAUUUGAGAUGGGAGGAUAUUGAUAAAUACGUAUUGGAGAGUUCGUCGCAGCCCGACAUAAUUAUUGCCGCUGAUAUUCUAUAUGAAAGUAAUUCGUUCGACUCAUUGACAUCAGGAUUAAAGCGUCUUUUAACGUUAAAUAAUUACGCUAUUUUCGCUGCAACAGUUCGUAAUAAAGACACAGUUUCACAGUUUUUGGAUCACUUAGGAAAUUACGAUCUCGCUUUUGAAGAAUGUAACUUGUCAGAACGUACAAUGUUGAUACAAUCGAUUGAUGUGCCUGUUCGGAUAUUGAAGAUUUUUCAAAAGAUUUGACGUUAGUUUUAUUAUAGUAAUGCUGAUUUAUCUAUAAUUUGGCAGACAAUUUGUUUAUCGAAUUAGGAAACAAUCAAGAGGAGCAAUUAAACGGGUGAUUUUAUUAAUAACCUUAGCAUAACUUCCUACAUAUAUAAAUAACAAGGUGUUAAAAAUAUAUAUAAAAGUAUUAAAUAUGAA